GUUCUACGACCUGAACAUAGAAUUCGUGGCAAAAUGCUACAGGGCAAGUGGCGACGAUGCACACAGUGUGAGCUGUUCGUGAAAAUCGCGGUGUUUUACUAGGGAUGGUUUUGUCGAAGUCAGUUUUCUGCAAGAGCGUUUCGCUUUCGUCAUACCCCCAGAAUCAGACCACAGGGACUAUAUCUUGUCUUGCAGCACCUCGUAGCAUCAUUUCGCCUUCUUAUCUCAACACGGAGCUGUUUCAUCCCUAUUGUUCGACGAUCAAAUCAAAAACAUCAAGGUCACCAGGAUGGGUCCUCUGGGAGAACAAAUUGCUCAACUUGAGCGCCGCAACAAUGCGCUCCGUCUGAACGGAAACACCGUGAACGGCCGUACGGCAGAUAUCGGAAUCACCACACGAGGCUCAGACUGGUACUUUACAGUAUGUGCCGUGAUGACUGUUGCCGGGUUCGCCUUCAUGGGUCUCGCGGUGCGCAAGCCGCGUCACACCCGUAUCUUCCACUACAUCACGUCCGCCGUCGUGUUCACUGCUGCCAUUGCAUACUUCUGCAUGGGCUCCAAUCUCGGCUUCACGCCGGUUGAGGUUGAGUUCUUCCGCUCCGACCCAAAGGUUCGCGGCACAUUCCGCGAGAUGUUCUAUGUGCGAUACAUCGACUGGUUCAUCACGACGCCUCUCCUCUUGCUGGAUCUGAUGUUGACUGCGGGUAUGCCCUGGCCGACUAUCUUCUUCGUGAUCUUCGCCGACUGGGUCAUGAUCGUCACUGGACUCAUCGGCGCGCUUGUUACCUCGCGGUACAAGUGGGGGUUUUUCACCUUCGGCAACUUCGCUCUCUUUUACAUUCUGUACCAUCUCGGUUGGGAAUCACGCCGUAACGCGAACCGCUUCGGCAAUGAUGUGGGCAAGGCAUUCCUCUACUGUGGCUCACUUACCUCGCUUCUCUGGCUCCUGUACCCCAUUGCCUGGGGUGUUUGUGAAGGCGGCAAUGUCAUUGCGCCUGACUCAGAAGCCAUCUUCUACGGGAUUCUUGACUUGUUGGCUAAGCCUGUCUUCGGCGCUCUUCUCAUUUGGGGCCACCGAAACAUCGAACCUUCGCGAUUGGGACUUAACAUCACCGAUUACGACAAUGAUGUCGCUGUCCAUGAGAAGCGUGCGACAAAUGACUAUGGGGUCCCUGUAACUGGAAACAACACUGGUGUUACCAACGGCACAACGACCGCGACCACUAGCGGAACGACUCCUGUCGCUGCCCCAGCUUCAGAUGGCCUCGGUGGCAACGUUCCCACCCACAACCCCACGGUCUAA